AUGCCAUCACAACAGAAGAUCUCAACAGCACAAGCAUUAGAAAUUGAUUUGGCUGAGGAUAGUGGUUUAAAAUUGAAGGAUUCAUAUGAGUUUAUGGGUAGGCAAGCCGGUGAGAAAGAUGUUCUUGGUUACACCAAGCAAGAUCAGAAGAAUUACCUUCACAACAAAAGACAACGAGAGUUGAAAUAUGGUGAGGCAGGGAGUUUACGUAGAUACUUUCAAAAGCAAAAGCGAGAGAAUUCCUCAUUUUAUUAUGCAAUACAGUUGGAUGCAGCAGAACAUAUAACAAAUAAUUUUUGGGAAGAUGCGCAAAUGAUUAUUGAUUAUAAGUUAUUUGGUGAUGUAGUUUCUUUUGAUACAACAUACAGGACUAAUAAGGAGUAUCGACCGCUUGCAAUGUUUGUUGGGUUUAAUCAUCAUAGAAAGGUUGUAAUAUUUGGUGCUGCACUUCUAUACGAUGAAACUAUAGAGUCAUUUCAAUGGUUGUUUGAAACUUUCUUUGAGGCAAUGUCGGGGAAGAAGCCAACUACAAUCUUUACUGAUCAAGAUCCAGCAAUGACUAAAGUUAUCUCAUUGGUAAUGUCUAAUACUUACCAUCGAUUGUGUACGUGGCAUUUAAUGCAAAAUGCUUUAAAACAUGUAGGUCAUUUAUUAAGAGGUGAGAAUGGGUUUAGAAGUGAUCUCAAUGCAUGUUUUAAAGUUUGGGGAGAGAAAGAGGAGUUCCUUAUUGCUUGGGAUGAGCUACUUCAUAAGCACAAUGCAUGUGACAAUUCUUGGCUAAAACGUUUAUUUGAAGUGAAAGAAAAAUGGGCUAAAGCAUAUGUCAAGAUGUCUUUUUCUACUGGAAUGACUUCGACACAAUUGAGUGAAAGUUUGAAUGCUGACCUGAAGGAUUAUUUACAAUCAGAUUAUGAUAUUGUAAAGUUUUUCACACAUUUUGAAAGAUUGCUUAAUGAUAAACGUUAUAAGGAAUUGCAAGCGGAGUAUAAUUUAAGGCAAAAGUUACCAAAAAUUAAGAUGUCAUCACCUAUGUUGAUACAAGCAGCAAAUAUUUAUACUUCUCAGCCAUUUUUGAAGUUUCAAAAGCAAUAUGAAGAGUUCCAAGGAGCUUAUAUCAAGGAGCAUAUCGAAAGACACUCGUCGCAUGAUUAUGUAGUGUCGAUAUAUGGUAAGCCUAAAGAUCGUAAAGUCAUUUGGAAUUCUUUAGAAAACAAUGUUUAA